AUGGAAGGAAGCGAUCAAGCUCCACAUGAUAUUGAAAACCCUUGCAUUCCAUUAGUAACUUCAAUGAGUGAGGAGUUGGAUGGCUUGUCUCCCCUCUCCUCUUUGUGUUGCAUUUAUAGAGUUCCUGAACGACUACGGCGUGUGAGUGAAAAGGCCUACACACCUCAGGUAGUCUCUAUAGGCCCACUUCAUCAUGGCAAGCAAGGCCUAAAAGCCAUGGAAGAUCACAAAAAGAGGUACUUACAAGAUUAUAUACGUCGGACCAGGGUAAGCCUUGCGGAUUAUGUACAGAAAGUAAAAGACCAAGAAGCAAAACUGCGCAGUUGUUAUGCAGAAACCAUUCAGGUUAGCAGUGAUGAAUUUGUGAGAAUCAUUCUAGUGGAUGCCGCCUUCAUCAUUGAGGUCUUGUUGAGGUAUCAUUUUGAUGAAUUGCAGGAUGAAAAUGACUGCAUAUUUAACAAACCAUAUAUGUUGCAGGACGUAUGGCCUGACAUGCGGUUGCUUGAAAAUCAGCUGCCAUUCUUCAUUCUUGAGGAACUUUUUGACCCCGACAAAAUCAAAGUCUCUUCUAACAAUAACAAUAUUGAAAGGCUUUCGAUACUCAACCUUUGCCACAAUUUCUUCAAAAAUCUAAUGCACAUAGAGGGAACAGACGGCAAUAUGGAGAAAUUACGUGCUUCUAAAGUAGAACACUUUGUAGAUUUUUGUAGAAAUUUGUAUCUACCUCUACCAUUGAAACCACAUGCUAAAGGGCGACUUGAAACUCUAAACACACCCAGCAUCACAGAGUUACACAGAGCAGGAGUCAAGUUUAAGGUGGGAUCACCCAAAAACUUAUUCGACAUACAAUUCGCUAAUGGGAUUCUAGAAAUUCCAAAAUUAGCAAUAAGUGAUGAGACAGAGCUUACAAUCAGAAACCUCCUUGCCUUUGAACAAUGCCAUUGCAUGGAGAAUUACAUAAAUGAUUAUGCUGUCAUCAUGGAUCGCUUUGUGAACACCGCAAAGGAUGUGGAGUUGCUUGUUAAGCAUGGAAUCAUCGAAAAUAGUCUCGGUGACAGUAGUGAAGGGUCUACUCUGAUUAACAACCUUGCGAAUGGGGUCAUUGUGGACCCUAAUGACUUCUAUUUUGCUGUUCUUUGUGCAGACCUCAACAAGUACUGCAGAACGUCUUGGCACAAAUGGCAGGCAAACUAG